UCAGUGUUGAAGGAAGCGUGUUUUAACGAUUGCUACUUGGCUAGUAUCAUUCUAGGCAGAACUACUAGUGGGUGCAGUUAACAUUAGGUAACUUCGUAACAUGCAGCUAGCUAUUAGCUACUGUUAUUUUUUAAUUUGAAAUGGCUGACAUGGAAAAUUCAACACGGAGAGAAUUACUGGACUUCAGUCCAAUAAAGAGAGAAGAAUCUAACAAGGAGAACGAUGUUCCAGUUUUGAUUUUGACCCAUUUUUCAAAGGCUCCGUUUCUCUCACUUGGAACCGUAAAGUUGGGCACUUCGAAGGCUGUUGUUUUGCGUAUUGAAAACCCUACAGACUAUGCCGAAGCGGAGGUUACUGUUGAAAAGGUCCCGUCAAGUAAAGGCUUUUCUGUGGACCACAACACGUUCACGAUUCAGCCUGAGGACUCCUUCAAUUUGACAGUAACCUGGACUCCAACAGAAGAAGGUGGGAUCCGAGAGCUCAUCAUCUUUAAUACAAAUGGGGUCCUCAAACACCAGGCUGUACUGCUUGGGAGAGCAGACGCCCCCAAAAAGAAAAAGAAAAGCUUAUGGGACACAAUCAAAAACAAAAAGGAGGGCGAAAAAGUAGCCGCACCCAGGAGAAAGAAAACGGAACAGCCCCUGAAGAUGGCUGCCAAUAAAACCUUCCAAGUGUCCCGAAAGCCACAGUACAAACGAGAAAAGCCGCGCAGCCCACUUGCUUCUCUCAAUGAGGGCAAAGCUGUCCGAGAGAGUUCCCUCUCCAAGGUCAGUCCUGUUGACGAUUACUCUCAGAAUGCAGAGGAGAGGAAGGCCUCCACUUCCGCCCUGAGGCAACGGUCUCUGGGCUUGUCAGGCCAGGAGAAUAUCAAUCAUGUCCAGAGAAACUCUCCUCUUGGCCUGCUCGUACCAGCCAUGAUGCUGACGGACUCUGGCAACGUGUCCGCCAGCCCAGAUGCGUUGCUAGGCGAACCGGAAAACAAAGGUCUUGCCAAAAUGCUCAACAGGACGCUGUCACCUAUCGGGACACCAGAGAUGUUCAAGAAGCUCAUGCCGCGUAUUCAGUCAGAUAGCCCACUCUUUGCUACUGUGAAGUCCGUGGCUGAUGAUGCUGACGGUGUGUUAACUGGGACCCCGGUGCCUUCGCUGAAAGAUGCCCUGGCCCUCAUUGACUCUGAUCUGAGCCACAUUAACACCAGUCCUCGAGACACGAGUUUGAGCGGUGGCUUUUCAGACUCCCUGGAAUCCAAGAGUGGGAGUCUCACCUGUGGACCUGAAAUAAAUGCCCUCAAAGCAUUACCUGAGUCCAGCGAGCCAAGACUUACUUUCUUUGUCAGCAAAAAGGUUAUAAGCGAGAUUGUUGUUGUUUCCAAAGCUGAUGAUGCAGGGGUCAAAAAGGCCUCCUUUACCUCUGCCACAGUGACCAAGAGCAAAGCACCAGUGGAGGCGAACCUUUCGAGUGACAGGAAAACAACGAAGUCAAGGCGAAGGCUCUUAGAAAAAACACUGGAGCUGUCUGACGGCAGCAGUCAGUGUGAGCCCGGACUGGGCACUCCUGACCUUCCUGUUAUAGACCUAGACGGAGAAACCAAAAACUGGCAAAUCUCUGAAGCUGCCAGCUCCCUGUGUGAUGAUAGACACCAAGCCCAGGAGUUUACCUCUUACAGCCUGACUCAACGGCUCGACGGCUCGCCUACACCCAUCCCCUUCCCCGUCACCUCCCCUCCGUCUGUGGCCCCUGGUCGCUUCUCCUUCCCAGCCUUUUCCUCACCUCAUGCAGCCCCAACUUUUACUGUCACCUCUGUGUCACCCCUGGGCUCAUCUUCUCCACACAUGUCUCCAACUCUCUCGGUACCUCCGUGCGCUCAGGAGGACUCAUUUCCCAUUCACAUGGCAGUGAAUAGCAAGAAGAGGAAGAGUGAGGAGUAUUUGAAAAGUGAUGCGAAGAUUGUGGAUGCUGGGAAUGCUGAGUGUGUCAAAAGGAGCAGGGGGGUAGCUGGAAAAACAGGGCCCCCAAGAUCGGUCCAGGAGAGGAGAAGUGCAUCACAGAGGCAACAGCCGAGAACAGCAGGCUCGGUGCGAUCAGUGACAACAUUAUCUCUAAGGACUGCAAGGUCUGUGGUUCCUGCCCAGGCAAAGCUAUCCAGCUCCAAACUCUCCUCACGAGGUGCCCGGUCAGCUGUAGCUGCUGUAGCGCAGUCAAAGCUGACCUUCAUUAAGCCGGCGCAAACAGCCAUACCGAGGCACCCGAUGCCGUUUGCUGCCACGAACAUGUUCUAUGAUGAGAGGUGGAUUGAGAAGCAGCAGAGGGGAUUCACGUGGUGGAUCAACUACGUCCUCACCCCAGAUGACUUUAAAGUCAACACUGAAGUCGCUCAAGUGAAUGCCGUGUCCCUCGCCAUGGGCAGCGAUGACAAGUACAGUGGGCCUAAAGCUCCCACCAAAGAGGAGAUGUCUUUCAGCACCUACACGGCCAGGCGGAAGCUGAACCGCCUCCGUCGUUCUGCCUGCCAGCUGUUCACUUCUGAGGCCAUGGUCAAGGCUAUUCAGAGGCUCGAACUGGAGGUGGAGGCCAAGAGGCUGCUCGUCCGCAAAGACCGCCAUCUUUGGAAGGACAUAGGUGAACGACGAAAAGUUCUCAACUGGCUUCUUUCAUACAACCUGCUGUGGUUACGGAUUGGGCUCGAGACGAUCUACGGGGAGUUGAUCUCGCUGGAGAGCAACAGUGACGCCUUGGGUCUGGCUAUGUUCAUCCUCCAGCGGCUGCUCUGGAACCCCGACAUCGCUGCUCAGUUCAGACACGCCAAAGUGCCUAACUUAUACAAAGACGGCCACGAGGAGGCGCUGUCUCGCUUCACUCUGAAGAAGCUGCUCCUGCUGGUGUGUUUCCUGGACAAAGCCAAACAGUCGCGGCUGAUUGAGCACGAUCCCUGUCUGUUCUGCCUGGACGCAGAGUUCAAGACCAGUAAAGACCUGCUCCUGGCCUUCUCCAGGGACUUCCUGAGUGGAGAGGGGAUCCUUCCCCGGCAUCUCGGCUACCUGGGGUUACCCGUCUCCCACGCUCAGACGCCCCUGGACGAGUUCAACUUUGCUGUGAAGAAUUUGGCAGUUGAUUUGAAAUGCGGCAUUCGUCUAGUGCGCGUGAUGGAGCUCCUCAUCCAGGAGUGGAGUUUGUCGGCCAAGCUCCGUCUGCCAGCCAUCAGCCGUCUGCAGAAGGUCCACAACGUCGACAUUGCUUUGCAAGUGCUGAAAAGCAAAGGGGUCGACCUCAAGGAUGAACACGGCUCCAUCAUCGAUUCCAGAGACAUUGUGGAUGGACACAGAGAGAAGACCCUAAGCCUCUUGUGGAAAAUCAUCUUUGCGUUUCAUGUGGAGGUGAUUUUGGACGAGGAUCAGCUGAGGGAGGAAAUUGGCUUCCUGAAGAGAACCUUGAGGACCAAACGGAGGCUGGCGUCUCUGAGGGCCGACCGGGGCCUCCAGCCAAGUCCCGCAAAGACCAGGGUGCUGUAUGAACACAGCAGCACUAAGAUUACACUGCUGAUGGACUGGGCCCGCACUGUGUGUGACUUCUACAAUCUUAAGGUGGAGAACUUCACAGUGACGUUCUCGGAUGGCCGCGUCCUCUGCUACCUUAUCCACCACUACCACCCCAGUCUCCUGCCAGAGAGGGCUGUCAGUCACCGCACCAGCCAGACUGUCGAGUGCUCACCGAGGGGUCGCCUGGAGCUCGACUGCUCAGCCAGCGACUCUGACAACUCCUUUGACUCUUUGCCGACAGCCUUGAACGAUUCUCAGUCAGUGGAAUUUAAAGAGCUACUGGAGAAUGAGAAAAACAACUUCAGACUGGUCAACACGGCAGUGUCUUUCCUGGGCGGAGUUCCUGCCAUGAUCAACCCAGCCGACAUGUCCAACACGAUCCCCAAUGAGAAGGUUGUGAUGUCUUACCUGGCUAUCCUGUGUGCUCGUCUGCUCGACCUGCGCAAUGAGACCAGAGCAGCUCGGGUCAUACAGGGCGCCUGGAGGCGAUACAGGUUAAAGAAGGAUCUACAGCUCUACAAGGAGAGAAACCUGGCCGCUGUGAAACUCCAAUUAUUUGUGAGGAGUUUUCUCCAGAAGCGCAGAGCUAAGAGGCAGAAUCGAGCUGCCGUUGUCAUCCAAUCAGUCUGGAGGGGUUACGUAGCCCGCAACAGGCUGAGGCUAAAAAAACAGGCUCAACUUCGGGCUCUGCAGCAUGAAUCGGCAACCGUCAUCCAGGCUCAAUGGAGGAUGUUUUCGGCCUUGAGGGCUUACCAACGCCUUAGAUACUACGCCAUUGUUGUCAAUAAUGAACCCUGGAAGAAUCUUGUAGAAGCGGUGCUCAUUCAAGCCCGGUACAGAGGUCAUGCACAGAGGCGCUGCUUUCAGAUGUUAAAACUGCAGCACCACUCGGCUAUUGUCAUUCAGAGUGCCAUCAGAGGGCACGCUGUCAGAAAACAGGUGGCGAAGAUGAGAUGCGCUGCCGUCCUAAUCCAGCGCUGGUUCAGGGCCUCCGUGGAAAGGGACGUUGAAAGGCAAAUGUUUGUGAGGAUGAAAUGCGCUGCCAUUACCAUACAGGCAGCCUAUCGUGGAAAAGUGGCUCGGGAGUCCCUGAAAAAACAGCACCAGGCAGCAACCGUAAUCCAGGCAGCUUUCAGGAAGUAUACUGCCCAAAUGUGCUACCUUGUGCUUAGAAAAGCUGCAGCUGUGAUACAGCAAAAGUACAGAGCCACAAUUUUGGCCCUUAAGACAAAGCAGGAUUAUGACGCUCUCAGGAAUGCUGCGCUUGUCCUACAAGCUAACUGGAGAGGCAGAGCUGACAGGAAGAGGAUAGAGCGGCGACACCAGUGUGCAACACUGAUACAGGCUCUCUACCGUCGGCACAAAGCACAAGCAGAAUACAGGUCCAAGAAGGCCUGCGCUGUGGUCAUACAGCGUCACUACAGAGCUUAUGUGGCAGGAAAAGAGAUGAGGAAAGUAUAUGAGCACAUAAGAGCAGCCUGCGUUACACUCCAAGCUGGAUUCAGAGGCAUGAGAGUUAGGGCGGAGCUGAAGAAAAAUCACUGGGCAGCGACUGUCAUUCAGGCUUCAGUUAGGAUGUUUUUAUGUCGGAAACAAUAUUUCUUCAUACAAAGUGCGGCGAUUAUCAUCCAAAGCCGAUACAGAGCUCUUCUCCUCUGCAGGGCACAACAAAAACAAUACAGAGAGCUGAAGCAGGCCACCGUAAAGACACAAGCUGUCUACCGGGGAUUUAGAGCGAGAGAUGACCUAAAGAAGAAGCACAACUCUGCCAGAGCAAUCCAAGCUCAGUUCAGGAUGCACAGAAUGCGUAUGGCUUACCUUGCCACAAAGUGUGCUGCAAUCAUUAUUCAGGAGCGCUACAGGGCCAAAAUGCUCAGGGAUCAACAGGUGCAGAGUUACCGAACAAUGAAAUCUGCAGCUUUAGUCAUCCAGGCAACAUAUCGUGGCCACAGCGCCAGGAGGAAGAUUGUAGAGAUGCACCGAGCUGCUACAAUCAUUCAGAGAAAGUUUCUCACCACUUGGAAUAGAAAUAGGUUCCUAGCUCUCAAGGCAGCAGCUUUGGUUUGUCAGCGGAGGUACAGAGCAGUAACUCUGGCAAGAAAAGACCGUUUGGGCUAUCUGUCAAAGCGCAGCGCAGUCAUUUGUCUGCAGGCAGCCUACAGAGGAUGUGAGGUCAGAAAGCAGUUGCGCAUCCAGCACACGGCAGCUGUAACAAUUCAGUCUCACUUCCGAAAGUACCAGCAGAGAACCUACUACACGAAUCUCCACAGGGCUGCCAGUGUUUUGCAAGCACGUUACAGAGGCAACAAGAAAAUGAGAGCGGAGAUGCAAGCCCUGCGUGCCAUGAGAAAUGCUGCUGUUGUCUUACAGGCUGCCUUCCGAGGAAUGAAAUCCCGUGAAAUCCUCAAACAAAGGCACCAGGCUGCCAGUGUUAUCCAGAGAGGUUACAGAACAUUAUGUGAACACAAGCAGUAUCUGACUUUGAAAUCCUCUGUCAUCACCAUUCAGAGGAGGUAUCGGGCCACUGUAGCAGCAAAGGAGCAAAUUCAAAAAUACCAAAAAAUGCGCAGUGCUGCUGUUGUCCUCCAGGCAGCAUACAGAGGCCAGCAGCUCAGAAAGGAGGUUGCUCGUUGGCAUCAGGCUGCCACCGUGAUCCAGUCUGCAUUCAGAAAGCACAGAGAGGAAGUCAAAUUCCAGGCCAUGCGUCUGUCCGCCAUUAUCAUCCAGAGAUACUAUCGCGCCUGUAUUCUUCAGAGACUUGACAGAGAAAAGUUCUUAAAAAUGAAACAUUCUGCGAUCGUUCUGCAGGCAGCUUUCAGAGGUCAUCGUGUGCGAGCCAACAUUGCCAGUAUGCACAGGGCAGCUACUGUCAUCCAAGCAAACCUCAAGAGGCAUAAACAGCAAUCGGCCUUCAGGAAGCAACGCUGGGCAGCCUGUGUCUUACAGCAGAGGUUUAGAGCUCAGAGACUGAAACACAUUGAGAUAAAACAUUAUCAGGAUGUUAGAGAAGCUGUCAUUAAACUCCAAGCUGCUUUCCGUGGCAUGAAAUCCAGAAAAAUCCUCAAACAAAGGCAUCAUGCCGCCAGUGUUAUCCAGCGAGGUUACAGAACGUUCUGUGAACACAAGCAGUAUCUGACUUUGAAAUCCUCCGUCAUCACCAUUCAGAGGAGGUAUCGGGCCACUGUAGCAGCAAAGGAGCAAAUGGAAAAAUACCAAAAAAUGCGCAGUGCUGCUGUUGUCCUCCAGGCAGCAUACAGAGGCCAGCAGCUCAGAAAGGAGGUUGCUCGUUGGCAUCAGGCUGCCACCGUGAUCCAGUCUGCAUUCAGAAAGCACAGAGAGGAAGUCAAAUUCCAGGCCAUGCGCCUGUCCGCCAUUAUCAUCCAGAGAUACUAUCGCGCCUGUAUUCUUCAGAGGCAAGAAAGGGAAAUGUUCCUAAAGAUGAGACAUUCUGCCAUCGUUCUGCAGGCAGCUUUCAGAGGUCAUCGUGUGCGAGCCAACAUUGCCAGUAUGCACAGGGCAGCUACUGUCAUCCAAGCAAACCUCAAGAGGCAUAAACAGCAGUCGGCCUUCAGGAAGCAACGCUGGGCAGCCUGUGUCUUACAGCAGAGGUUUAGAGCUCAGAGACUGAGAAACCUUGAGGUAAAACAUUAUCAACAGCGCAGAAAAGCUGCUGGCAUGUUGCAGGCUGCAUAUCAUGCAAUGAAAUUAAGGCAAAACAUCAAACAAAGGCAUCAUGCUGCCAGCGUUAUCCAGCGAGGUUACAGAACAUUCUGUGAACACAAGCAGUAUCUGACUUUGAAAUCCUCUGUCAUCACCAUUCAGAGGAGGUAUCGGGCCACUGUAGCAGCAAAGGAGCAAAUGGAAAAAUACCAAAAAAUGCGCAGUGCUGCUGUUGUCCUCCAGGCAGCAUACAGAGGCCAGCAGCUCAGAAAGGAGGUUGCUCGUUGGCAUCAGGCUGCCACCGUGAUCCAGUCUGCAUUCAGAAAGCACAGAGAGGAAGUCAAAUUCCAGGCCAUGCGCCUGUCUGCCAUUAUCAUCCAGAGAUACUAUCGCGCCUGUAUUCUUCAGAGACGUGACAGAGAAAAGUUCUUAAAAAUAAAACAUUCUGCCAUCGUUCUUCAGGCAGCUUUCAGAGGUCAUCGUGUGCGAGCCAACAUUGCCAGUAUGCACAGGGCAGCUACUGUCAUCCAAGCAAACCUCAAGAGGCAUAAACAGCAAUCGGCCUUCAGGAAGCAACGCUGGGCAGCCUGUGUCUUACAGCAGAGGUUUAGAGCUCAGAGACUGAAACACAUUGAGAUAAAACAUUAUCAGGAUGUUAGAGAAGCUGUCAUUAAACUCCAAGCUGCUUUCCGUGGCAUGAAAUCCAGAAGAAUCCUCAAACAAAGGCAUCAUGCCGCCAGUGUUAUCCAGAGAGGUUACAGAGGCUUCUUCGAACGCAAGCAGUAUCUGCAAAUUAAAUUGUCCGUGCUUACAAUUCAGCGAAAAUAUCGGUCGGCUGUUGCAGCUAAAGCACAAAGAAGUCUAUAUCUGGAAAUGCGCAGCGCAGCCAUCAUUGUUCAAGCGGCAUACAGAGGCCAGCUGCUCAGAAAGGCGGUUGCUCGUUGGCAUCAGGCUGCCACCGUGAUCCAGUCUGCAUUCAGAAAGCACAGAGAGGAAGUCAAAUUCCAGGCCAUGCGCCUGUCCGCCAUUAUCAUCCAGAGAUACUAUCGCGCCUGUAUUCUUCAAAGACGAGAGAGAGAAAAGUUCCUUAAGAUGAAGCAAUCCACCAUCACCCUUCAGGCAGUGUUUAGGGGCUGGUCUGUCAGGAGGGACAUAAGCCGACAAAAUGAAGCUGCCAUUGUGAUCCAGUCGUGCUGGAGAUGCUUAGUGCAGAGGCGCAUUUUCCAACGGAAGCGUGAGACUGCUGUGAAACUUCAGCGGAGGGUCCGGGCGGUGCAGCUCGGCAGGUUGGAGAGGAACGACUACACCCGAAUCAGGAAAGCUGCCAUCGCACUUCAGACACACUGCCGAGCCUGGAUUGCAAGACGACAGGUACUAGAAAGAGCCAAGGCAGAGAGGAGGCUCCGUUUCACAUCGGCGAUCUUCCACCAUCUCCGUGCCAUAAAGAUCCAGCGAGCUCUGAGAGCACACUGGGCUUUGGAGUCGGCCAAAAGACAAAUCCAUUCUGUCAUCACCAUACAGCGAUGGGUGAGAGCGAGGCAGCAGAGGAGACGGUAUCUGGAAGACAGGAGGAAGGUGGUCAUAGCCCAGAGAGCAGUCAAGUGCUGGUUAGCUCGUCGCCACAAGGUGGCGUCUGUCAUCCAGCAAGCAGUCCGCAAAUUCCUCCUUCUCAGGCGCCAGAAGAGGGUUCAACAGGGCAUUGUAAAAGCUCAGGCUCUGUGGAGAGGACACCGCUCCCGUCAACUAAAUGACAAUAUCAAGGUGGUGAAGUUGAGACACCGUCUACGCAAAGUCUCUGCCGGCGCCAAAGAGGAGGACAAACUGUGCAACAAGACCUCGUCUGCCCUGGAAUACCUCCUUCGGUUCAAACACUUCUCCUACAUCCUAGAGGCCCUGAGAAACCUGGAGACCACCACCAGACUGUCCCCUGAGUGCUGUGAGCGGCUGGUAGAGAGCGGAGCCACCAACGUCAUCUUCACCCUCAUCCGCAGCUGCAACAGGAGUGUCCCCUGCAUGGAGGUCAUCACCUACUCCAUCCAGAUCCUCCUCAACCUCUCCAAGUACCACAAGACCAUCGAGGCGGUGUAUUCGGUGGAGAACUCCGUGGAGACGCUGCUGGACCUGCUGCAGAGGUACCGGGAGAAGGCGGGGGAUAAAGUAGCAGAAAAGGGCGGCAGUAUUUUCACCAAGGCCUGCUUCCUUCUCGCUCUCCUCCUCCAAGACAAGCACCGUGCUGUGGAGGUUACGAAGCGACCCAAAGUCUUGGAGAGGAUACACAGUAUUUACCGCCUCGUAGCUCGCAAAAACAAGAUGGAUGCAGAAAGAACUGUUAUGAAACAGAAGAUGAAUGCGUCGGUCAACGGGAGCUUCGUCGUUCCUGCAACGCCUUGUAAAUCCCGCCCUGUGCCAAAAUUUGCACCAGAGUGGGUUCUCCAAAAAAACAAGCUCCGAGACAUUGUGGACCCUCUCCGGGCCAUUACAUUAGUGGCUAACACACUCGCCAUUGUGUUGUAAAUGAAAAUAUUUUAAAUGCUUUCUAUUUCUCAUCUCAUUUCUUUUCUUUUUUACUUCAGAAAAUAUUUUACUAAGUAUUGUUUGAGGGUUUUUUGUUUUAAAUCACUUCCAUGUUUUCCAUGUAUAUAUUAAAAUGGAUUUGUUUUUUAAACAUGGGUGAGUUUCAUGCAUCUUU